AUGGCUAACAAGGAAUGGCAAGAACUUUUCAGAGGAGCAACAUGCACUGCACUAGCAGCAGUAAAUUCAGACCACUCCCCCCUCUACAUAAGCAAACAGUCCCCAAACCAAUGUAGGAAAAGGUGGAGUCCAGGGUUUAGGUAUGAGGCUGCAUGGGAUCUACAUGAAGAUUGUCCUACUGUAGUGGCAAAUGGGUGGAAUGGAACCAGACCAGCUGGCCUCUCAGGCUGCACAAUGAGGCACAGAUUGGAAACAUGCCAAAAGGCACUACAGCAAUGGAGGAAAACAUCACAGCAGAACAACCAUAAGGAUGUAGCAGAGGCUCUACAAAGAAUAAGCCACCUUCAGAACAAGGGCACUGGAUCCCAUUUAACAGAAAUGCAACAACUUCAGAAGAGAGUGGAAUCAUCCCUGGCUGCAGAAGAUAUGAAGUGGCGUCAGAGGGCAAAACAACACUGGCUAAGACUUGGUGACAGGAAUACCCACUUUUUCCAUCAGCAGGCUUCUCAGAGAAGAAGAACCAACACAGUCAGAAGCAUUGAGGACCAACAAGGGCGAGCAAUUACUGACCAGGCAGGCAUAGGUGAAGUUUUCACAGGUUAUUUCUCCACACUAUUUUCCACCUCUUGUCCCACUGGUUUUGAUGAAUGCUUGCAUGGCUUGGAGUCAAAAUUGACAGGAGAUAUGAAGUCUUGGCUCUCUAAACCUUUCACCCGAGAGGAAGUAAGAAGUGCUGUGUUUCAGAUGAAUCCUUUGGGUUCACCUGGACCUGAUGGAUUUCCAGCUCAUUUCUAUCAAAAGCAUUGGGAAGUGGUGGGGGAGGAAGUAGGCUCUUAUGUACUCGAAGUCCUAAACUGUAGUAGGUCCCUCCAAGAUGUUAAUGACACUUACAUAUCCCUAAUUCCCAAAGUGAAAAACCCCAAGAGAGUAGCUGAGUUCAGACCAAUUAGCCUCUGUAAUGUGUUGUAUAAAAUUGUGUCUAAAACCCUUGCAAAUAGAAUGAAAGGUGUUCUCCACAACCUUAUCUCACUCAACCAAAGUGCCUUUGUCCCGGGUAGGCUCAUUUCAGACAACAUUUUAGUAGCUUAUGAAGUUUUACACUCUAUGAACUCAAGAAUGAAAGGAAAAAGAGGGGGUAUGGCAAUUAAAAUUGACAUGAGUAAGGCAUAUGACAGGAUAGAGUGGAGCUUUGUUGAAGCUGUAAUGGUCAAGAUGGAAUUCCCAUUGAGAUGGAUUAGACUCAUUCAAUCCUGCCUUAAUUCAGUUUCCUAUUCCAUCUUAGUUAAUGGAGAGCCACAAAGGAGAUUUAAGCCUUCGAGGGGUCUUAGACAAGGAGAUCCAGUGUCUCCUUACAUUUUCAUCAUGUGUGCAGAAGCUCUCUCCUCAAUGUUGAAAAGAGCUGAACAAGCUGGACAGAUCACCCCUGCACCUGUUGGAAGAGGCCCCAUAACAGUUAAUCAUCUGUUUUUUGCAGAUGAUAGCAUCCUCUUCUAUCAAGCAACACCCAAGGAACUAGCAUGUGUCCUCAAAGUCCUUGAAGUCUAUGGAAAGGCCUCGGGUCAAGUCCUAAACAAAGAAAAAUCUUCAAUCCUUUUCAGCAAGAACACACAGACAGCAUGCAGAACUCAGAUACUGCAGCAAGCAGGUGUUAAAGCAACAAGCAACUUAGAGAAGUACCUGGGACUUCCAGCUGUAGUGGGAAGGCAGAAAGUGGCAACCUUUCACACACUCAUUGACAGAACUUGGGCAAGAAUGGUUAACUGGAAAAACAAAUUUCUGUCAAAUGAAGGGAAAGAAGUCCUCUUAAAAUCAGUUUUACAAGCCAUUCCCUCUUAUGCAAUGGGGAUAUUCCUACUGCCAACCUCGAUAACAAACAGGAUGAACCAACUUAUAAGAAAAUUCUGGUGGGGUUACAAUGAGGAUACCUCAAAGAUUCAGUGGGUAAGGUGGAACCAACUCAGCUACAGCAAAGAGGCUGGUGGUCUUGGAUUUAGAGAUUUCAAAAGCUUCAACCUGGCUCUCCUUGCUAAGCAAGGAUGGAGGAUUUUACAGAACCCAUCCUCCUUAGCUGCCAUGGUCUUAAAGCAAAAAUAUUUCCCAAAAACUGGUCUUUUAGAUGCAACACUAGGGGCAAGGCCUUCUUUUGCGUGGAGGGGAGUGUGUGCAGGUCUGAAAAUUCUAAGAGAGGGACUUGUGUGGAGAGUGGGUAAUGGGCACAAUAUCAACAUUUGGAAGGACUGGUGGUUAACAUCCUUUCCAUCAAAAAGAGUUGGCUCUACUCGACCAGUGGGCUGUGAGUGUGAAAAAGUAAGUGAUCUUAUAGACAGUGAUCUAAAAAUAUGGAAGUAUCCUCUCAUUCAGGAGCUGUUCACUGUACAAGAGUAUGAAGCUGUAAAAGCAAUCCCCAUCAGUGCUGGGGGUAAGGAAGACAGGAUGAUCUGGCACUUCUCCACCAAUGGCCAGUAUUUAGUGAAGAGUGGGUGCCAUGUUCACAGGCAGAUGGAGGCUGAUCUCCAGGGGGAGUCAUCAAAAAAAGCUCAAGCCAAGCAUGUGUGGAAGUUCAUAUGGAAGUUAAAGACCUCCCCAAGUGUCAAACAGUUCGUGUGGAGAGCAUGUAGUGAGGCUCUGCCAACUCUAGCUAACCUGAAGAGAAGGAAGGUUGUAGAGGACAACAACUGCCUUAUCUGCUCCCAAGCCAUUGAAACAUCUGGUCAUGCCUUGUGGAGCUGUGUUGCGGCCCAGGAUGUGUGGAAACAAAGCUGUAAAAAGAUUCAGAAGAUGUCCUGCCAUAGUGACCUCUUUUUAGAUAUCUGGUCCUUGCUAGUGAAGAACUUAGAUGCUACUGAGCUUGAAGAUACUGCAGUUGUAUUGAAAAGGAUUUGGUCUAGAAGAAACGAGCUGUAUCAUGGGAAAGGAUUCACCCAUCCCACUAGGCUGUAUCAACAGGCCAUAGAAGAAGUAUCCAUCUUCAGAGAAUCCCUUCUAACAGACAAAGGAACAAGGAAACAGGUUGGAUCAGCAGAACUUAGGUGGGUCAAACCAGUGCAGAAUUCCUAUAAGCUUAAUUGGGACGCAGCAAUUAGAGCAAAAGAGGGAAGAGUUGGGAUAGGUGUGAUAGUCAGGGACUACCAAGGACAAGUAGUUGGCACUGUUAGAGCUCAAAGACCUUUAAGAGGGACUCCUUUCGAUGGUGAGGCUUAUGGUUUGUUGGUUGCAGCUGAAUUUUGCAGAGACCUAGGGCUACAACAGGUCUGUUUAGAGGGUGAUGCAAAGCGUGUGGUGGAUGGUUUACUGAGCAAAGCAGUGGACUAG